AUGGCGGGUGGAAGGCGAAAACAGCGGUACGCCGCAUCCAACUUGGAUCCGUCUUGGAAUGUCCAGGACAACAUGCCAGGAGAAGGAGACCAGUUCUUUAUCCCAGCAGAAGCACCAGCGGAAAGGCCUGACCAAGCAAUUGAUGCUCAAUCCCCCGCCAUCUCUCACCAGCUGUCCCAGGUCACUCCACACUUGGAUGCCUUCUCGUCGCCUCACGCGAUACCAGCCCAAGAUCAGCAACUAAUCACUCAACAAUCACAAUCCCAGUCGCAAUCACCCUCUCACCUGGAGGUCCUCGAGCUCCCAAUAACACGAGGCAGUACACCGUCCAGACAUUCGCGCGAUGGUGCGGAAUCAGCGUCGACCGUCAGCUCCUCAGCGCCGUCACGUUCGACAAAGGGCAAGAAGAAGCGCUAUGUGACAGAACACUCAGCCGACUGGCUGGAGGAGGACCUUGACCGUCCUGCUGGUCCCAACCUUGGACCCUAUCCACAGCAGACCCUGGCCGCGAUGGCGCAUCAGCCGCAGCAGAUGCAACCAUCAUCGUCGAUAGUCGCACAGCCCCCAGACCUAACGACGCCAUCCUCCAUGGCCACGACGUCCCCUGCCCUCUCCAUCUUCCGUGGCGGCGGCCACCAGACCAACAGCCCGGGACAGGAUGCGCCCGCGAUUCAACCAGGGGCGCCGUCUGCGUCGUCGCCAGCGUCGCCAUUCGCAGGCGCGGGACAGCCAACUGCUCAAGCUCAACAGGCGCCGGAUAACCAUCUCGGUGUCAUUGUCGAGGAGCAGCAGACUGGCCCUCCAGAGCCGCCGCCGCCGCCACAACCACAUCCGCAGGCUCUACCAGCUCAGGCAAAGCGAAAGGGAUGGUCUAGGCUUCUGCGGAGGGGCUGA